AUGGCUAGGUACUACAACCAACAUUCUUAUCUGGACUACAUCUCCUACCUCUCUAUGCCUUUCCACUUAUGCCUUUUCGUGACCAUACUCAUCUUCACAUUAGGCUUUUCAUGGUACAUAAACUAUGAGUCCAAGUUUGAAGACUUUAUCAACCAAGUGAAGCUCUUUCUCAUGUUCUCUCCUCUCCUUUUGCUGCUUGUUGUUCACUGCUUGUCAAGUGGGUUCCUCUUUAUACCUUUCCCAGAGAGGGAUUCUCUUCACAGAGCAGGAGGUUCUCCUUGGGGUGUUGCUCUUUUGCUUGUUUUUCUUCUCUUCAUGAUCUCUUACCAGUCUUCUUUCCAUGAACGUUGGUUUCCUCUAAUCACCAGAUGA